CGGUCACACUGCGCGCAGAGGCAGAGGCAGUACAUAUACAAAAUUCAUUGAUUUUGUCAACGUAAAACAUACAGCGCAUAGCUGCACAGGCAGAGCAUAUAAAGUGAAGAUAGUUAACUAAAUUAGGAACGCAGCUGGAACCAGGCACAAAAUGCACGACUGGCAAGCCAAAAACAGAGAACUGUGAAGACACGCCAAGCAGAAACGCAGCAAGAGUUUCGCUGUGCUGCUGAACUAAAAAUUCCCAAUAAGAAAGAAGUGCAAGAAAAAGAGCAUACGGUGUAAAAGGAAAAAGCAAGCAAUACAAAAAAAAAACCAAAGCAAAAAUUUCAACAAUAUAAAAGCAAAUAAAAACAUGACAAUCGUUGUACAAGAUUAAUUAUUGUGGCAAUUGUGGCGCACCAGCGGCCGGCCGUAAAAUGCCAAGGAACACUUGCAGGCCAAGUGAAUGUGUAGCUAACGGUACUGGCAACAACAACAACAACAACAGCAGCGACAAGGCUAACGGUAACCAUGAUGACAGCGGCACAACAGCGGCGGGCAGCAGCAGCAACAGCAGCAGCAGCAGCAGCGGCAGCGGCUGCAUCGUCAAACAGGAGCUGGACGCAGCGCCGCCCGUUUGCCACAGAAAAUCGGAGCGUCGAAAAAUCGCACGCGAUAUUUUUCUGGUCUUCGAGGAGCAGCCAGCGCGACGUCGACGCGGACGGGGCGGGGCGAGGGGCACGCGGGCCAAGCAAAAAUUUGGCCAUCUAAAAGUGGCCAAUACGCCGCGCAUCAACAAGAAUCUGUUGCGUGACAUCAAAACGGAACCAAAGUGCAGCGCGGCAGCAGCGCAGCCGACGCUGGCAGAAAAGCCAACAGAGCAGCAGUUGGAGCCGGAGCUGGAGCUGGAACGGGAGCCGGAGCUGGAGCGGGAGACAGCGGCGCUGCCGGAGCCGGUGCCGGAGAGGCCCAAGGCCAAGCUGGCCGCCGUGAAACUUGAAACCAAAAUAGCAUCAAAUGCAGCAGCAGCAGAAACUGCGCCGACGCAGCAGCUGCUCCCGGCAGCAACUCCAGCAGCAUCAGCUCCGGCCACGCCCAGCGUCAAUCCGAUCUUCCUGUGGGUCAAGCAGGACGAUACGCGCAUUGUGGAGGUGCGCUGCGAGGAUUACGAUAAGCGUAAUCGCAUACGCCUGACGAAGACAACAAAUGGCUGGCGUUCCAUGCCGCGCACCGAUGCCUCGUCCAGUCGCAUUGUCAAGUUCUUCCACAGCACAGCGGCGGCGCCCUUGCUGAAGGUCAAGCGCGAGCAGCUGCAGCAACAGCAAUCCAUGGAGCAGGAACAGCAGCACGAGCAGGAGGACGACGACGACCCCGCGGAGCAGCAGCACCAGCACCAACAGGAGUGGACGGUAGUGGAGCAGCAGCGGGAGCAGGAGCAGGAGGAGGAGGCGGCGCAGGCUAACAAUCUGGCGGCUGUCAUUGAGCAGGUUGUUGUUGUGCCUGCCCAGCAGCAGCAGCAGGAGCAGCAGCAACCGGCCACGCCCACGAGGCCGCCUUCAGCGGAUGCGUGUUUCGAUGCGCUGCUCGACAGCGAGACGAAUGCCUCGACCCGGGCCACCAAGACUAGCACCAGCAAUGCCAAUACGCCCACAUAUCAGAGCUCCCGCUCCCGCUCACGUUCCCGCUCACGUUCCCGCACGGGAACGCCCGCGACGACGCCCGCGCCGCUCGAGCUGCAGCUGUGCCCCAAGACAGGCCUGUUUCUGCCCAAAGGAUCAGCUCCCGUUGCUGCUGCUGCUGCUGCUACGGCGGAGCUGCCACUCGCUGCACCUCAGGAGCUGGAGCUGGAGCCGGCCAAGCCGCUGGCGGCGCACAGCAGCAGCAGCAGCGUGGAUCAGGCGAAUCUCGAGGCGAAUAGCAAACACUUGAAGGAUCUGCUCGACGAUGCCGACGAUCUGUUGCAGAACUGCAGCAGCGACAACGGCAGCAGCGGCGCCGAGCUUCUGGAUUCGCUGGUGCAGCGCAGCUGCGAGGACAACCUGAUGCAGGAGGAGACCAGGCAGCAGCAGGAGCAACAAUCGCAACAGUCAGCGGCGGAGCUGCCCGGCAUUUUGGACAGCAUGGACAGCAGCGAUGCGGGGCCCAAGUGCCUGUCGUUCAAUGAGGCCGGCGAGAUCGAGGGACUCAACGGCGAGCUCUUCCUGGGCAUCGACACCUUCGACAAGCAGCCCGAAGCGGAAACGGAAGCGGAGGCGGAAGCGGACGCCGUGGCAACUGUGCUGCCGGCAGCCAAGCAGCCGGAGUUGGUCGCCGUGCCGGAUGAAUCGCCCAAGGAUUUGAGCUACAAGAAGCGCGAGGAGGUGUGCCCGCCGUCGGAGUCGCGCAGCCAAUGCGCGGUCACCUCCAGUUCGGAUAUCUUGAAAUCGAAAUCGCCGGAGCCGGAGCUGCUGCUGCAGCUGCCGGCUACGAGCAUACCCGCCGAAGUGGAGACCACCUCGGAGACGAUCAAGCAUCUGAUACUCGAACAGUUUCUCAAAUUGAAUGGCAAUGCGCAGCAGCAGCAGCUGCAGCAGCAGGCGGAGCCCAUGGAUCUGGGCAAGGCGACAUGUCGCGCCGCGGACAAGCUGCACACGGUUGUCAUCGAUGACGAGGAGGAGGAGGAAACGGAGGCGGCGAUGGCGGCAACUGAACCGACGGAGCCAUUGAAAAAACGCUCGAAACCCAUCAAAUUGGACAAGGAUCCGGAUGCACUGACCCAGCUGAAGAUGCUGAUCAACAAUCCGCAGUGGAAGGUGCCAGAUCCCAUACUCGUGCCAAAGGAUCGCCUCGGCGCGGUGCUGGCAUCGCCGGCACGGGAAAUUCCACUGCUGCUGACGACACGGCCGGAACUCCGGCUGCCGGAGGCAUUUGCCUAUCCGGAGAUCAUACAGAAUCCCAAUAUACUGGUGGUCACCAUGGAGCAGCUGGAGGCCAUACUCAAGAACGAUUCGGAGCAGUCCAAGUCCGGAGUUGUCUGCCAGCCCAUGCUUGCCUCCGCCUCCGUCGCCGCCGCCUCGCCCUGCCCCCUGCCGCUGCAGCCGAGCGGGAAAGCAGCCGCCAGCGUCAGUCUCAGUCCUAGUCCCAGUCUGCUGAUGAAGCAUCCGCCAGCUGCUGCAGUGGCUCACCACAAGGCAACGCCGCCGCCGCCGUUGCCAUUGCCGUUGCCGUUGCCACAGCUGCCCGUUAAGUCGAACAUGGCGGCCACGCCCAGUUUGGCCGCUGCCGUGCCUCAAUCCUCGCCAGCAGCCGACUCGAGCAUGUCGCAGGAGCUGAAUGCAACGACGCUGGCGCUGCUGCAGCAAAUGCUCUGGCUGCCCUACUUUGGCCAGCUGUCGCAGGAGUUCUUCAAGACCCUCAAAGAUCCACUUGGACUGCAGCGCAAGUUCAUGAGCAACCUGCUCCCGCUGUACAACAGCCAGUUCGGGCUGCAGCAUCUGGAUGAGCUGUACAAGCAUUGCCUCAAGCAGAAGCCCGCCGGCGAGGAGCAGGCAACGACGGCGGCGGCCAAGCAGCAGCAGAUUGGCUUCACCAAUCCCAUGGAGCUGGCCUUUAUGCAGAAGCUGCUCCAGCAGCAGCAGCAGCAGCUGCCGAAGGCAUCACCGCAGCAGCAACAUCUGCACUUGGAGCACAAGCGCGCCAGACGCGAUCCGGAUGCCACGCCCCUGCACAUACCCGACUUCAGCAAGCCCAAGGCGACGCCUCCAAUUGCAGCUCCAGCUGCUGCAGCUGCUUCGGCUCCGACUGCUGCUGCUCCCGCUGCUGCUCCAGCUGUUGCCCCUGCGGAGCACAAGCCGCGCCUUACCUGCAAAUCGCUGUCGAAUCUGCUGGAACCAGAAAGCAAUAUGGUGCCGCUGCUGCAGGUGCCCUACGAUGCAGUGCGUCGCAACUCCAUGUACAAGCAGCAGCAGCAGCAGGCGACGGCGCAGCACGAGCAGCUGGCCAAGGAGGCGAACAACGGACGCACGCUGCGCAGCAGCAAGGCCAGCAUCAACUUCAAUACCCAGGAGCAGCCCAAGACACACUCCCAGCCGCAGCAGCAACAGCUCCAGCAGCAGCAGCAACAGCAGCAACAGUUGCAGUUGCAGCAGCAACAGUUGCAGCUGCGCAAACGGGGGAAUAUGCUGGCGCACGAGGUGCAGCAGCAGCAACAUUUGGCGGAGGCAGCGGCCGCAGCAGCGGUAGCAGCUGGUGGCGCCGGCCUGGACACCAACUCGGCGCUGUGGCAUCCGCUCUUCGGCAGCAAUCCGAAGCAGGGCUACAACAGCCCCUGGCAAUGGACGACGGUGACGGCCACCGGCGAAUGACAGUCAAGCCGGGCUCACAAGGAGCCAGCCAGCUACGAGGAGCAGCAACUGGACUACAACAGCAGCAGCAACGGUUGCAGCUACCACGCAGCAGCAGCAGCAGCAGCAACAGCUGCCAAGCAGCAGCAACAACCCGCAGCAGCAGCAGCAGCAGCUGCCGUCAGCAACAAUCAAAAUAAUCACAGCAAUAGCAACAAGUUUUGUUAUCCGGAUAACAUGUUCCAAGGCAAUCAGCUGCUCAACUCAGGUUACAUGGCCGAGCAGGGCUACUGGCAGCACCAGCAGCAACACCAACACCAACAGCAGCAACACCAACAGCAGCAGCAACACCAACAGCAGCAACACAAGCAACAGCAGCAACAGUGGAGCAA